ACAUUUGAAAGGUUUUGAGGAAUUUGUGGAACAACAACCUUCUGUCAGUGCGUGUUCUUGGGUGGGAAACAGUGUUUUGUCCAGGAAAUCGUUCACGUAGGAGAUGAAGAGACAGAGUUUAAGACUUCCUCCACCCUUGGCUUACGCCAAGAUUCAGAAUUUCAGUAAAACAAGUUUGCUUUUCUAUAUAAAAUGCCUUCAUAAAAUCAUCACGCACGAGAGGGGAGUUCUAUUUGCCUUCCGGAAGAAGAACAGGAAACUGGAAGCCAAAGUAAAAGCAUUGCAGAGGCAGGAACGAACUCCAGAGAAGGAAUCUGAGACGCCUGAGGAUCCUCUGAAGUUUGUGCAGGAAAUAAAGUCUGUAGCUGAAGAGGCUCAGCGAGUUGCGGGAUUUGUGUAUGAACCAGUGUCUGGACUUUACUACGACAACAAGACAGGAUAUUACUACAAUGCCGAGCUGAGGCUGUAUUACGAUGGGAAUACUGGGAUAUACUAUUCUUACGAUACAGCUACCAAUCAGUUCCUGUACCAUUCCCAAGUGUACACGGAUGGGAAAGAGAAGGACGUGGUGUCCUUGAUCAAGGAGGUUUCAGGGGAGAAGUCGGAAAAGAAGGAAAAGCGCUCGGGUCGGAGGAGGCACAAAAGAAGGAGGAAAUCUCCGGAGAAAGUGGAGAAGCCAAAGGAAGACCAGGAGAUUGAGGAAGGAGAACUGCCGAGUUCAGCUGAGGAGUCGGAGGAGGAGGAGAAGCUCCAGGGAGAAGCUGUACACUAUGCUCCAUCAUUGAGAUUAAUUGUCCAGGAAAGUGCAGUUGAGGAUCUCACUCCUGGAACUCUCUUCGUGAUCACCUGCAAAGGCGGAAGUCUUGGCAGGGAAGGUCAACAUGAUAUCCUCAUCCCAGAUCUCAAUGUCUCAAAGCAUCAUCUUCGGUUUUCAUACGACGACUCCAAAUCCAGCUACCAGAUCAUCGACAUGGGCUCCACAAAUGGCACAAUCCUCAACGGGCAACGGAUGACUACGUCCAAGAGGGAGUCUGAUCCCGUAGAUCUUCUCCAUGACAGUGUCAUCGAACUGUCCGGAACGCGACUGCUAUGCCACAUUCACGGAGGCAUGGAAGCCUGCGAUGACUGCCAUCCAGGACUCAUCAAGAAAUCCUGCCCCAGCUCCUCAGAAGAAGCCGCCAAAGGUCAAUCCUUGGAGCAGUCUCGAUGGCAGAUUCAGAAGCGCCUGCAGAAGAAGUACGGCCUGACCACGGAGAAGUACCAGGAACCCAAAGGAUUUGCCGAGGAAUAUGUGGACAGAGCAGCUACCCGAAGGGAGACCGUGGGGAGUUCCCACGAAAGUGAAAAGACAGAAGUGGCUUCAACGGAGUGGGCAAUCUCCAGGAAGAACAAAGGUUUCAAGCUUCUCUCGCAGAUGGGCUGGAGUGAGGGUCAGACUCUGGGAAAUUCAGAGGAAGCUCUCAAGGAACCCAUCUCGGUGGUUGGGAAUCAGGGAACGGCAGGGCUUGGGUACGGCAGUUGAUCUCCCGAAGAAUAAAACGUCUUCCUUGGGGAACUGUCCGGGAACCAUUUAGAAUUGUUACAGAAUUUAAUUAAAUAGAACAAAAACUGUAAAA